CCUGAAGGAAUUCAGCGUUGGUCCCUGAAAGGGUCUUUCUUCUGCCAUCCUGUGGGCGAUAUGCAGCCGGCUUUCGGCCGAUGGAUUCGAUUGUUCGGUGUUCAAUCCCCCGUUUUGACACUUUUCCAUGCAAGUCUUUCGGUGGCUGUCUGGUCCCUGUUCCUAUCUUACUUUUCUGUUCUAGGCAGCUUCGGGACCGGCUCGUGGGGGCCUCUGAAGCAGAGGCACCCGACCUAAAUCAAACCCGUAGACGGCGGGCCCUUACAUUUUAAG